GGUGUUCAAAAAAUGCCUGUGUAAGGAACAAAGAUCGACAUGGCGAGCCUUAUUGAACAAGAAGGAUAGACAAAACGUUUCAGCCUGCCAUAUCAAUAUAUUUUCUGCAUCAAAGAAUUAUUGCAGUGAUAUAAACCCCAGUCGAGCUUCUUAUUAACUUUUUUUCUAGUUAACCUGAAUUCUCUCAUCGAUUGCAGCAUCUUUCGUAAAAGUUCUUUUUCGAGGCAUGUGAAAGUUGCAGUGACGAUGUGCACCGUUGAAGACCCGCAGGGAAGCCUGCUUCGGCCUUUGAGUGCGAGCACAUGUAGUCUUGACGUCACAGCCCAAACAUUCAACAUCGAAGUCAACGACGACAUAAAUCCCCGUGCUGAUCCAGUAAGCUUGAACUUAUUUUUAUGCAAAAAGCAAACAAAGGAACAAAUACCACAAAUACCAUGCUAAACUCUCAUUAACACACUUCAGCGGCCUCAUCCUCAUUCCAGCAUAAACACAAUGGCGAAUCCUCCACAAGCCAAUACUAAACCUCUUCGCAGGUCAGCUGUCAAACCACGAAAAACAUUCAGAGAACUAUUUCUCCAUCGACUUCCUAACUACAAUGGACCUUACAAUGUUGGAUAUAUGGACAUCGAAGUUCCAGUCCGCGAUCCCCGACCUGUUUCCAAACUACGAAGAAACGGGAAACCAGUCCUUCGGCUGGACACGAUCCUGAUGGGAAUAUAUUAUCCGUGUGAUUUACAAACUUCUACUGGUGCAGAAAAGCCCCAUCGCGUCGACUGGAUGCCACGACCAAGAGCUGCAACUGCCAAGGGCUACGCCAAAUAUCUUCACAUUCCAGCACUCCCAGUUACCGCCUACCUUGCCUGCACCUCUCUCUUCACAAAGCUGCCUGCAUUUCGAAAUGCCAAACUGGCUGCUCAUUGGCCGGAAGACAUAUGCAAUGACUCUGGUCCAACCGGACAGAAGGCCAGAGAGGAAGAAGGAGAUCCUACAAGUCGGCCGAAAUUUCCAGUCAUCAUCUUCAGCCAUGGACUUGGCGGCUCGCGGCUCUGCUACAGUUCAAUCUGUGGAGAAUUGGCGAGCUUCGGAUUUGUUGUGGUAGCGAUAGAACAUCGUGAUGGCAGCGGUGCCAGGACAUAUGUCAGUCUUCCGAGCAAUGUUGAGGCCGCGGCUAUAGAAUCGUCAACGGCCGAAAUACACACAAAUAACGAUGGCAAGGAAAAUGAUGCCAAAGACAAGAAAGUGCAACGUCGAAGGAAGGAGGGAUUGAAUCCAUACUAUGUUGUCGACUAUAUUCUUCCCAAAGACAAUGCCCAGGACACCUCUCCUCAUAACCGCAGAGGUGUUGAUCACACUUUGAGGUCAGCUCAAAUUGAACUGAGGCAAGAAGAGGUAAAGGAGGCCUUCCAUAUUCUCAAUCUACUCAAUUCUGGUCAUGGAGAUGAUGUUGCGUCUCUGAAUCUCCGAAAGAAAGGCAAUGUGGCAUCUAGCUCCGUGGGUCUCAAUGGCGUCAACUGGGAAGACUGGAAGGGGAGCAUGUUUCUAAAUAAUGUCACCAUGAUGGGACACUCGUUUGGAGGUGCGACUACGGUCCAGAUUUGUCGCGAUCAUACACUCGAAUGGAUAGGCCAGGGAGUUAUUCUGGACGCCUGGGGUCAAGCAACGCCUCCAGCUGGAGAGAAUCGAAAAGAACGGAUCGCGAAGCCGCUUAUAUCAAUCUCAUCCGAGGUUUUCAUGCACUGGAAAGACAACUUUGAUAAAGUUGUCGAGUUCAGCGAUGAAGCGCGUGAAUCUGGGGCAUUGUGCUGGAUGCUCACAAUAGUUGGAUCAACCCAUCUCGCAAUGACCGAUCUCGCCGUGCUGUAUCCUCAAUGGAUGUCAAUACUAAUGAAGUCCAUGGUCAAUCCGACACGGGCAAUCUCUCUCACUAUCACGGCAUCCUUGGAAUUUCUUAAAAUCGUAUUGCCUCCAGAACAGACCAAAUACAACAUGUGGGCAGACGAGCAGCUGCUACAAUCUGCAGAGCAACCACCCGAGCCCACAGAGCCUCUUCGGACGGACCAUGCGCCUGAUCACAAAUGGGUUGCUGUUCGCCUCAAGAUACCCAAUGAGUUCUCAGUACGGUUAAAGGCAUGGUUCCGUCGUACUUGGCGAUUCGUUAUUUGUGCUGGGCGUGAGGUGGCCGACCUCGCCCAUGGCUUGCAUGAUUUCGGAGAGCAGGAAGAAAUCUGGACACACAUGUGCCCUACUCACGAGAAGGUGGAAGAAUACAUGAACCAAUUUCGAUGAAAUCACUUGCGUGAUUCGUGAUUGCUAAUUCCUCGAAAGGGAGAGCGGUAUGGUGGCAUGAUGGCAUGAUUCUCGUCCUGUAUGAUCAAUCGAGUUUGUAUAUUAAGAAUUAUGACGAAUGGAAACGAAUGUAUGAACAGCACUAGGAGGUUGGCGUUAGUGGUGGAAUGUUUUUUAUAUGUUACAAUAGAUGCUAUCGACCGUGUAGAUCUAGCACAAAGUGAUCUUCUCUUCCAUAUAAAGCAAUGAUAUUACAUCGCCAUAGCUGUUCACACGAAAUUUACGCUCAAUGAGUAAUCCCUAAGGCAUUACUCAGACAUGAAUGAUU